UCGUUUCGCUGUUUCGCGGUGGCUUCACUCAACAAAUUAGUUCGCUGGUGCAUAGUGUUUAUGAGUGAAAUAACAACAGCAUUGUGUGCACAUGUACUUUCCUGAUACUGGCUGAUUUUUUUUGUUUGUUUACUGUGCAACUGUUAUUCAAAUUUUGCCGAAAGGAAAGGCAUAUCGAAAGUGUUGAAAGAGUUUUCAGUUUUCCACUGCACCUGUCCUGCCGUCUCACUUGAGUGCGCUCGCACUCGCAAGCCACAAAAGUGUAAAGUGCAUGCGGCAGCCGUAGCUUUUGUUGCUAUUCGCGUCGCUGAAUCUGCGAUUCCCGCGCCACCGCCACCAGAUUCUCCGAACCAAGAAUUUGCGCUUCUUUGUGAUUGUUGCCGCGCUCUAAUUGCAAGAGUUUCGCGUGUGUGUUGCUCUUUUUUUUUUUUGGUGUUUUGUUUUUUGAUUUUUUUGUUUGGCUCUCCUUAACUUUAAUACUUGUGCUUCUUCUUUUGGACGCCCCACCGCACCGCAAAUGAGCAGCCUGCACUGAACCUGAACCUGAACGCGUUCCACAAUGAUGACGAUGACUGCAACUUCGGCCUCGAUAUCGACAUCGGCAUCGGCAUCGACGGACUGCAGCAGCAGCAUGCAGGGCUCCACGACCAGUUCGGCGUCCAGCGAUGUGAUGACACUGACCACGACGGCCGCCUCCUCGUGGUGCGCCAUCCCCACGAGCUCCAGGCUGCGGGUGUUGCGACUUGUGCGUCCGCAUCAGCGCCGCCUUCUGGUGGGCGGCCCGGAGCGUGCCAGUACGUACGGCUUUGCGGUGCGUGGCGGCCGGGAGCACGGCACGGGCUUCUUUGUCUCCCACGUGGAGCAUGGCGGCGAGGCGCAGCUAAAGGGAUUGCGGAUUGGCGAUCAGAUCCUGCGGAUCAAUGGCUUUCGGCUAGACGAUGCCGUGCACAAGGAGUUUAUUCAGCUGGUGGGCAGCCAGGACCGGGUCACGCUCAAAGUGCGUGGCGUGGGCAUGCUGCCAGUCAGGGACCAGCCCGAGGAGCGUCUGUCGUGGAGCGUGGUGAAGCUGCCCAGCGUCAGUGGCACGCCCUCGGAGAGCUCGUUCAAGGCGGACCGGAGGAGCGCCAGCCGCGACAUCAGCGUGGUGCUGCACGUGGCGCCGCGCACCAAACUGGGCCUGGGCAUCUGCAAGGGGCCGGAGUGGAAGCCGGGCAUCUUCGUGCAGUUCACCAAGGAGCGGAGUGUGGCGCGAGAGGCGGGGCUGCGGCCCGGCGAUCAGAUCCUCAGCGUGAACAGCAUCGACUUCUCGGACGUGCUCUUCAGCGAGGCGGUGGCCGUGAUGAAGAGCUCCAGCAAGCUGGAUAUGGUGGUGCGCACCGCCGCCGGCUGUGACCUCUUUCCGGGCGAGUCGAGCGGAUAUAACAGCUCGGCCAGUUCCGUGACCGGCGAUCAGAGUCCCUGCUGGGCCGAUGCCAAGUCCAAGCGGCUGACGGCGGUGCGUGAGGAGGCGGUUCCGGGUGGUGCAGCUUCUGGUUCGCCGGCUGCCUGGUCGCAGGCCCAAGUCCAGGGCAAGCAGCUGAACAAGACCAUCAUCAAGCUGUCCGAGAACGGAACCUCCAUCAACAAUACGUUCAUAGCCAGCCACUCCAGUUCCAGUUGCAGUUCCGCAACGGACAAGCCGCAGUCCCGCACACGGACGGCACCACACAGCAGCGUCAUGAGACGUAGCAGUCACCAGAGGACACCAGCAGAAGGAUCAGCAGCAUCAGCUGGAGGAGGAUGUGCACCUAUUCCACCCCCACCGAAGACAGCAAUGAAUGAGGCCAGCGGCUCAGGCGCCAGCGAAGGGGCUGCUGCUGCUGGGGGUAGCAGCCUCUCCAGUGCCAUAACCGAGGAGCUCAAGAAGCGCAAAGAGAAGCAGCAGCAGCAGCAGCAACGCAACAAUCGAGAGCUGAAUCAGAUCGCUCACAAUGGCAGCAGCAGCAGCAGCAGUAGCCACAGCCACAGCCACAGUCACCGCAACAGCAGCAGCAGCAGCAGCCAUGCGGUUGCCCAAGUGUCGCACAGGCAUCGGGGCAAUGCAGGAGGAGGAGGAGGUGGAGCUGUAGCAGCACCACCAACAGGUGGAACAGCGAAUGGAGGCGAUCAGCACACGGCGCUGAUGGAUGAAUUCAAGCGAGCGCACCAGCGCAUGUUCAGGAACGGGUUCCAUGAGAGCGAGCACAAGGAACGCGGUGAGACACUGAAGCGCACCUCGAUAAUGCCAGACGAUAGCUGCUAUCGGAACAGUACCGCCAGCACCAGCACCAGCAACAGCAACAGCAACAGCAAAGUAAACAGCCGCACAGCAGUAGCCACACAGAAGAAUUCCAGUCAGCAUGGCGUCACGAAUGGAGCAGCGGCCAGCAAUGGGACACCGGAACUGCCGCCACCGCCGCCACAAUUUGCCAAUCCACAGCCUAGACCACAAAUGCUGAAGCUAGCCAAUGAUAAUGGAAAUUCAAAUGGAAACAUUGUUGGCAAUGGAAUGGCAUCCAAAAUUAAACAGCCCAUGUCACCGAUGCGCAGUGCCAGCAUCAGUGUGGGCGGCUUUCGGCCGCCGGCCACACCACAGCCCGACUACGAUGCCGUCCAGCUGCGGGGCAACCAUGGAACCAUAGCAUCAUCCCCAGCAGCAACAUACCCCACAACAGCAGCAGCAGCAGCAGCAGCAUCACUGCAGCAGCAACAGCAACAGCGACGAACCCUGCGUCUGGGCACAGUCACCAUCGGGGAGUACGGAGAGCAGCGAACCAAGCGGGAGACGCUGAGGAAAGUGAACGUUGGCGACACGACGGUGGCCACGCUCAGCUCCAAUGGUAUACUGAAGAACGGUUCGAGUCGGAGCAGCGCCAGCUUCAGUCAGCACGGGGAGAAGACCAUUAAGUUUGGCAACUGACGCCACGCAGAUCCGUGCUAUCAGCAAUACUUUUGUGCAAUACGCUCGACGGAGAAGAGUACAAAACUGGACGUGCAGAGGCGGCAUUCCCAUGUGCACAUCGUACAUAUUACCGCAUAUUACUUAUGUCUUUUUUUUACAAUAAUAAUAGGGUUUUUUUUUGUGCGAUUUGUUGAGCUUUCGAAAUGGAAAAGAUGUACGAUUAGUUUUUAUUAUUAUUCGAUGUACUCUGUAAAUAAAAUAUAUAAAUUCCG